AUGGAGGACGUACCUGUCUACUCGGAUAGAUUUGCAAUAAACGAUGGCUUGUCUGAUGUACAUGAUGAACAAUGUACGCAGCUGUUGAGUGAUCGCUACUGCGUGCAGUUUUCUGAGGUCUCGGAGCUGAUCAGAUCAAUGAAGACGUUCUCAGAUGACAAGAUCAUCGAGAUUAUGCACGACUAUUACAAUGAACUGGGGCUCAACGAGUACUAUUUUAGCUCUUCACCAACGGCCCUGAUUGCGAAUAACGUAAUCUCAGUGAUGUCGGCGAAGAUUUUGCACGAAAACUCCGGCUCAAACUUCUUCCCAACCAUUGAACAGAUCACCGAAGACUCAGCAUUCAUAAUUGCUAGAACUUCGUCACUGAAUAGGAAAUCAUCUGAGAAUUAUCUAGUCGAGCAACGAGUCGAAGGAAAGUAUUUUAACCUGGACGAUGAUAGGAAAACCUGCUGGCGUAUGCAGUGCUUCCGUUCAUCAGGCUCAGUGUUUAAGGAAACUGAGCAUAUUUUUGAUAGACUCAAAACAUACUUUUUACAGAAACCGAAAUUUGAAAUAGAUAACCCUGAUCCAGAUGAAACUGACCUCGGAAAUUUGCUUGACAGAGAAUUUUACCUAAAUAAGAGAAAUACAAUUACUGAGCAGAUUUUUUAUAAUUUAAAUAAAAAAUUAGUGGAGUCGAAGACCGGUUUAGGAUUAGUAAUAAAUUAUGAGCCAAGAAGUGAUAACGUUUUUAGGCUUGAUAUUGCAUUUAAAAGAGGUCACGUUCACCGUGAUUUAUACUCUAGAAUCUCAGACGCAAUCACUUUUCAUGACCUCUACUCCAAAUCCAAGUAUAUCGACCCACUUUCAAAUAGAGUUUGUAUCUUUACCAGUUUUCUAACAUGUUUGCCACCAAGCCAAUCGAAUAUUGAUUUACCAAUAAAGGAACGAAUGAGUAGUUUAGUGGAUUCAAUAAUUUUAUCGAGUAUUGUACCAAGUUCCAAGAUAUCAAUUUUGAAUGUGGAUAGGGUUCUGAGUUUCUACGAGUCAACCUACAGCUACUGUGUAUCAACCUUUAUUCAGCACUUUAGUGGAAGUGUAGGUCCCUACGUUUCAACAGUUGAUAAUAUGGCCAAGAACAAUCAAGUUUCACAGUCUGAACUGCACGAAAUCAAGUCGAAACUCAAAAUCCAACCCUACACACCACUUCAGAUUUAUACCGCAAUUUCAAAUAACCCUGAAAUUGUGAAAAUGUUAUAUAAACACUUUGAAACAAUACAUAAUCCCAAAUUACAAUCAGAUAAAGAAAAUGUAGUAAGUAUGGAAGGCCCAGUUUUCGCCAGUAAAUUCUCAAAAGAUAAUUAUAACACGAAUAAUGUGGAUGAUUCCGAAAACCAAAGUACACUUGAAAGUAACAAAACAAACCAAAAUUCAGUAGACGUUAGCUCACCUGAGAAUAGUUCGGUAGAAAAUGCAGUUGAAAGUGACCGUGAUUUUGACAGUAGCACAGAAUACAGUUAUUCCACAGUCCCAGUUCGCGGAAAAAAUGUAAUAGAGGCCGAAAAUUUGGCAAAGAAAAUAAUAAGAACAAUUAAACAGCUGGAUAAUUUAGAAGAAAUCGAUAUAUUACUCUACUUCAUAAAGUUCAAUAAUCAUACCUUGAGAACGAACUUCUUUGUGCCAAAUAAAAUAUCGCUCUCAUUCAGAUUCAACUGCGGAUUUCUGUCCAAACUGGAUUAUCCAAAGGUGCCGUAUGGUAUAGCACUAAUAAUCGGGCCUCACUUCAUGGGAUUCCAUAUUAGGUUUUCAGAGAUUUCAAGAGGUGGUGUUCGGGUAGUGCAAUCAUUCUCAGAGGAAGCAUACACAAGGAACAAGUUACAGAUCUUCGACGAGGCGUAUAAUCUAAGUUUUACACAAAGUUUGAAAAAUAAAGAUAUACCCGAGGGUGGUAGUAAAGGAGUUAUCCUAUUGGAGAAAACCAGUACUAAAUACAAGGCGGAUCUGUACACGCGCACGAGUUUUAUGUGCUACAUUGACGGGAUACUUGACUUAAUAUUGCCCAAUAAGCACAUAGUAGACUUGUUAGGGAAGGAUGAUAUAUAUUUCCUAGGCCCUGACGAGUUUACUGGCACAGGAGGUUUGAUGGAUUGGGCAUCUCAGUAUGCGAAAUUCAAGGGACUCAAGUAUUGGAGAAGUUUCACAACGGGAAAGGCACCCCAAUUGGGAGGAAUACCGCACGAUAUCUACGGAAUGACCACGACAUCAAUUGAAGCAUACGUAACUGGAAUACUUAACAAGUAUGGCUUGAAAGAAGAAGAAGUAACGAGAUUCUUAACUGGUGGGCCUGACGGUGACUUGGGAAGCAAUGCAAUCAAGGUUUCCAACACCAAAACCCUAACUGUUCUGGAUAAAAGUGGUGUGUUGCAUGAUCCAAAUGGCCUGGAUCUCAACGAACUAAGGAGAUUAGCAUUUCUACGUGACACCACUCAUAACACAACAACAGAUAGUCAGACUACCUCCUUAAAUCAUACAAACUCAGGCCUUCAGAGAGCUGGUUCAUUAGAUGCUGACGAGGAACUAUUAGGAGCCAGAUUAAAAACGUGUUCUAUGGGGUAUGAUAAGAGAUUAUUAUCAAGUAAGGGAUUUAUGGUUCCUGAAGAAGCAAUAAAUGUGGUCUUGCCUGACGGGUUUGUGGUUAAAAACGGCUACAAAUUUAGGGACGAGUUUCAUUUGAGUAGUUACGCGAAGGCUGACUUGUUUUGCCCUUGUGGAGGUAGACCCAGCUCAAUUACACCCUUUAACGUGAACAAGUUGUUUGAUGAAAAGGGCAAAUGCCGAUUCAAGUUCAUUGUCGAAGGGAGUAACGUCUACAUCACACAGAAUGCGAGAAGGUUCCUAGAGUCAAAGGGGGUCAUUUUGUUUAAAGACGCCUCAACUAAUAAGGGUGGAGUAACAAGCAGUAGCUAUGAAGUCUUACUAUCACUAGUAUUGGACGAUGAGACUUACGAGAGGGUAGCAGUUGAGCGUGACGGGUAUGUUCCUGAGUUUAGAAAAAAGUACGUCAAUGAUAUCAUGGAAAUCAUAAGGAAGAAUGCAACAAUGGAGUUUGAAGCGCUUUGGUCAGAAGGUUUAAGAACCGGAAUUCCAAGGUGUGACCUGACCGACAUUCUAUCCGACAAAAUCAACGCACUGAAAUCCAGAAUUAAAUCUUCAAAUACACUGUUUAAUGACAAGGAAUUAGUUUACUCAGUGUUAAGUCGUUGUGUUCCCGAAUCAUUAUUGGAGUUGGUGACGGUGGAGAAAAUAAUGAAACGGUUACCUCAGAUAUAUCUGAGGUCACUAUUCGCCUCUUAUUUAGCUUCGAAUUUCUAUUAUACGGAAAAAUUCUCCGACGACACUUCCGUCUUUGCGUUCUACGAGUACAUUACUUCUUUGAAGCAACCGUUUGCCCAUAAGAAUAGCUGUAAAGAGGAAUUCUCAGACGACUCACCCUUUUCUAACAUGGGCUUAAAACUCACUAACCACCACUAA